AUGGCGUUCUUCUCGGGGCUCUCAAGCACCAUCGGCAAGAAGCUGCUCUUGUAUGUCCUGCGACACAUCGACAUACUCGACAAGGACCCGGCCGAGUUCGUGAGCGUCGAUGUCGGGAAGCGCACGACACUAGAGGUUCGAGAUGUCGGGCUGCACAUCAAGAAACUUGUAGCGCUAUUACACCUCAAGCUGCCGCCCGAGCUCCACCUCUCCAAGGCCAGAGCCGCGCUUCUCCGCGUCACCUUCGUGCUCGACUUUGGCGUUCCGCAGAUAUCGAUAGAGGUGGAUGGCAUACAAGUACAAGCCAGACUGAUCGAGAGUGUCGAGAACAGUGCGCUAGACCAUGGGCACACACGCAACCCGCCUGGGGCUCGACCGCCUCCAUACCGCCGACGACCAUCUUCCCCUCCGCUUCCCCGAGAUGAUUUGAGUGACGACUCAGAUGACGACGAACACGUGCCGACUGUAGACGAGCUCGCCAAGUCGUUCCUGCGCGAGGAGCCCGCUGAAGAGAUUAGGGAGCUUCAGCACGAAUUGGAAUCUCAGCCUAGAUACCUGUACGAGUCAAUCGCCUCGAGCGAUGACGGGGACGAUGAGGGUUCAGCGGGCAUGGGAGCACCCCUAGCUCUUCCGGCAUACCUACGAAAUAUCCUCAACACCGCGCUGGAUCGCCUCAGCAUCGUUGUCAACAACAUUGACGUUGAGGUCGAGGACCAAAUUUCCGCCGAUCCGUCAAGUACACCGAAACCGAGCGAGGCAUCUCCCGUGUCAUUGAACUUCCGCAUCGAGCGAAUAGCGAUCGAUUCAGUGGCCUCUCGAGAUGCGCGCGUCGAGGUCAGCUCGGCGGCAACGCCAGAAGACACCAGCUCCAAACUUGGAAAGCGCCGCAUGCGUGUGGAGAAUAUAUGUGCAAGGUUGGUGUCGGAUGCUGACAAUUUUGUGUCCAUGUCUAGAAUCUCAAGAUCAUCGUCACCUGCAACUACUCGUUCGGACCUUACAACCAGCCCAGAAAAGCAAAGCGAGCUGUCUGCGAGUCGAAUCUCAGCUCAAGUUGCGCCAGAGGUCGAAGCCGAAAUCGAAGAACAAUCCGAGGACGAGACCAUAAUACAAGGGCAGUCCAAGUCUAUGAGCUUGCCGCAAGCUGUCCUUCCACCUGUCCAAGCUUCGAUUGCCAGCCUGUGCGACGAGACCAGCAUUCCGACAGCGCCAUCUUCGCCGACAGCGCCAUCUCCACCCAAGCAGCAUCGCUUAAUGUCUUCUGUGCAUACCGUGGAUGAUGAUCGCUUUGCGGAUGCCGCUUCAGACGACGGAAUGAACGAGUACAUGGAGAACAACUCUCCUGCUCAAUCUCAGCAUUCUUUGCCGGUCCAAGAUUUGGGCGCAAGUAGCAUUCUAUACGAUGACGAGGGCCUGAUAGAGUAUGCGAUACAGAAUGACAUGCUAGACUCCACAUUCGACGAUGGCGCGAAUCCUCAGAUGCCCACGGAAUAUUCACAAGAUUGGGAGUCCGAUGGUGCAGGCUCACGCAGAGCUGCCCACCUGUCUGCUCCUGCGAGCGAAGCAUCGAUCUCCGCCCUACCCACAGUAUCUGCUCUUGGACGAUCGUUUAAAGCACCUAGUGCGAGAAGUUCACCUUCUCAGUCGAGGGUCUCCGAGCAGCUUCAACGUUCAACUGACCUGCUAGACGAUGUAUUCCAGGCGCCAGCGGAGGAACAACCAAGUCCGAUUGCUAGCGUUCAUCAAUUGUCCAAGUCGCUUCCUGAGCCGGAACAAGACCUAUCAGAAUCACAGCUCUCCAGCCCUGACGAUGGGGAAAGCAUGUAUAUGAGUGCAAUAAGCGUCGCGCGGACGGAUUCAUCAGAUGGACUGCACCUCCCAGGAGGCUGGGAAACUUCACCCACAUCGAGCCAUGAUAGUGCAUCGGACAGAUCUGAAUCAAUCCCAGAAGAGAUGAUCGCUAGUAGUAUUUUAGUUCCACCUCCGGAGAUAGAGGACGGCUGCGAAACUCCACGCCCAGGAAGCCGGCAGAGUAUAGCUUCUUCCCAGCGAUUUAGACAAACACAGACCCCAACUGGCCAAGCUGACGUUAUCCGAAAGCAGGCAAAGACUUUCCUGACUAUCGACGAAGUCACUGUGUGGUUUCCGCUAGGACUGGAAGGAGAGGAACUUUCCGAGCAGACGGAUGGAUUUGAGAUUGAGGAGUCUAGCUUAGACUUCAAGCCACCAAACAUUGGAGAGGAUUCUAUCUUUGCUGAGAUGCCAGGCUCUUUUUCAAACUAUGCCCAUUCAACAUCACAUCGACGUAGAGGUUUGGAGGAGUCGACGCAGCGACGCCCAACCACGAAACCUGCCAGGAUGGAGAGGCCUACUGAGCGACCCAAGAAGGAGUCUUCACCUGUCAUUAGCAUCGAAGUAGGCUCAGUAGUUGGACACAUGGAUGUAUCCACGGGUCGCAUCAUGUUCGGAAUGCUUGAUCGAGUCCUCAAAGCUCUGACUGGUGAGCCUAGCCAGGACAAUACGGCAGCAAAGAGCGAAGAGAUUUCGCAACCUGCGAAAAGCAGUGUCGAACUCUUAGUGCGUCAUGUUGGUCUUGCUUGGUUGGAGAGCAUAAUGACUGAGUCAAUCCUGGAGGGACAAGCAUCGAGUCGUAUGCUUGGCAUCAACCCUGUGGACGCUAUUCUAAGAGCGGGUCUAUCGAAGAUUCGCGUGACCAGUCAAACAAACUCCCAAGAGGUGCGUGCGAAGCUACUGAUAGGUACAUUUGUUUUGUCAUCGUUGGAUUUGGAUAUCAUCUCUUUCGACAAUUCGAAAACCCGACCCCGGCCAUCUAUCAGCAACACCUCUGAACGGCUCAGCAACGAUGUGGAGAUUGAUUAUGAGCAAGGCAGAGACAAACGGGUCACAGUCGUCACUCGUCCCGUCAAAGUCAUGCUCGAUAUUCAAAAGCUUGAUGAUGCACUCAGUUCCUUUGGUGGGUUUAGCGGAGUGCUGGAACUAGGCAACUCCAUCAGCUCCAACCACACCGUCAAUAGUCCAGUGAUGUCGCCAACGCGACCAAGGCCACGUGGUGUCCAUUUCGGCGACUCUCUGCCACCCCCGUCCGAAGCACCAUCAACGCCGACUAGUAUACCGAAGAUUCAUGUUCACUUUGGCGAGGUUUCACUUACUCUGAAAGGGAAGAGUUGUGCCGUGCAACUGCAGACAACCUCUGUCCGUGUCGCCGCCCGCGGAAGCAACCUUCGUUUGAAAAUCUCAGAAGUUCGGCUUUCUGGUCCGCACCUUGACGCAGCGCAAGCAGGUGCACCCCUUCUGGUGGAGAUACAGGGAACUACCGUGAACCUCCUGACCGCGCCCGACGAAGCCGAUCUUUCAAGACUGAUAUCUUUGAUUACGCCGUCGAAAGAUCCAUACGAAAACAACGAAGACAUACUCAUCGAAACAUUGCUGCGUCAACGUCGAAAGGGAUCAAUUCUCCGUGUUGAAAUCAGCAGUGUGGGCGUACGAGUAUCCGAUCUAGAGCAGAUGAAGGUUUUUGAGGCGCUAGGAGCAGAAGUGGCGCGUCUAUCAAAAGUCACCAAAUAUCUCCCGGAUGAUGACCGACCUGGUAUCCUCACGCUUGCAACGGUGCAGAAGCUCGAUGCACGUGUCGCAGUCAAUGAGAAGCUUGGAGAUGUCUCCGUCUCUCUACAGCACGCUUCUGUUGCACACGUCGGAGUUCCGGCUCUGCUCGCGACAGAAGUUGGAAAGGCUGUCGUAAGCCGGGAUGAUGAAGUCUUGAUUCAUGAAGUUGUGAAACUGCGGCCGCAAGAUCAACUACCUAUGAUCAUGGUGAGGAUGGUUGGAGACGAAAUGGAACCCGUCGUCAAGGCUAAGCUUUUCAACCUUUGCGCCGAGUACAGGGUGUCAACCAUCAUGGCCGCCCUUGGCAUUUCAGACGAUGGCACAGCUGACGAAAUCGCAUUGGGUAUUGCUGCAAGCGUCGCAACUAUCACGGGAGCUUCUUCUCCAAAGACACUCAGUAGGCAAUCGUCCCAGGCAAGCACGCCUUCUACUGUCACUGCGAAGCCGUUGGAGAUUGACCUACUGCUCAGAAAUUGCGCAGUUGGUCUGAAUCCACGCAAGAUUCCUUCGAAAUGUCUAUUCGUACUUACAGAAGCCCACGUAUCAGGCAAGCAGGCCAAAACUGACUAUUCGGUUUUGGUCGAGCUUAGAAAGGCUUCCAUACAUGCUAUCGACGACAUUGCUCGCCUUGAAGAGGAACACGAGCCAUCACCGGCUGCCAGCGCGAUAGGUGUGAACCGACAUCUCGCUGAACUACGCGAGAUUGGAUUCGUGUCUCUGAGCUCCGUUUCUGCUGCCAAAAUCUGUGUUAACAUUGCAGGCGAUGGCAAAGACAAACCGCAGCUUGUCGAUGUGGAGUUCAAAAAUGAGCUUUUUGUUCUGGAAUCUUGCGCAGACUCUACCCAAACGCUCAUUGCCGUCCUGAAUGGUCUCCAGCCGCCAACACCUCCCUCUACGGCUGAAAGAUAUCGGACGGUGGUACCGCUGCAGCAAAUGAUGGAAUCCUUCACCGGUGAUGCAGUUGCCGGCUCCGAUGACCCUGACGACGACGAUUUCAUGAGCAACGCCGAUCUUGUCGACGAUGAAGUGCCUACGAACCUCGAAUAUGUAGGCAGCUUUUACAAUCCGGACUCUAUACCCACCGACGAACAGAUGGGAGAUAGCAUGCUCGGCGAAGACGAUCUUGGCGCGUUGGCAACUCCGCCUCUCAUCCGGCAACGCGGAGAUCGUGGUCUUCUAGAAAGCUUCCAGGAACACUACGAAGUCACGAAAGACGAAGAAGGUUUCGACUUCAACGAGAAAUACUUCCACGACUCCGACUCAGACCACAAGGGCAAAGCUAAGAAGUGGGAUUCGACAAAGAACCAGUAUCAUCUCACGAACGAGUUCAAGAUCCCAGAUGCGCCGCUUAAAGUCAGGGUGCGGGAUAUGAACAUCAUCUGGAAUUUGUACGAUGGUUAUGACUGGCCUCGCACUCGCGAUAUCAUCACGCAAGCCGUAGACAAUGUUGAAGCUCGUGCCGAGGAGCGACGACGAAGGGCUCAAGACGAAGACGAAGAAGAUGAUGACUUUGUUGAGGAGGACUUCUUGUUCAAUUCGGUCUGGAUUGGCGUUCCUAUCAACGACGAGAAGGGAGCACUCGCGCGCCGGAUCAAUCACGAUAUCGAUGACUUGGUCAGUGAGACGGGCAGCUAUGCGACUUCCACUGCUACUCGCUCCACUGGAGCUACCGCACGCCCACGUACCGCUACGAAGUCAGGCAGACGUCGCCUCAAACUCGAGCGCAGCAAGCACAAGAAGAUUGUGUUCUCGCUUAUGGGUGUAGCCGUCGACUUGGUGGCGUUCCCGCCUGAUUCUGGUGAGACAUUGAACUCCAUCGAUGUCCGUGUGCGAGACUUUGAGAUCUUCGAUCAUGUGCCUACGUCGACUUGGAAGAAGUUCGUGACUUGCGUCAUUGAGCCCAGCGCGCGGGAGUUGGAUAGACCGAUGAUCAAUCUGGAGUUGUUAACAGUGAAGCCAGUGACUGAUCUGGCUGCUUCCGAGCUGGUCAUCAAGGUCACCAUUCUCCCCCUCCGUCUACACAUCGAUCAGGACGCUUUGGACUUCAUCACCCGCUUCUUCGAGUUCAAAGACGACUCCGCGCCCAGCACCGACACCGCACCAGCUGCAGAACAACCUUUCAUCCAACGUCUCGAAGUUAACGCAGUAAAGCUCAAACUCGACUACAAACCUAAACGUGUCGACUAUCGGGGUCUACGCUCAGGCCAUACCACGGAAUUCAUGAACUUCCUCAUCCUCGACGGCUCCGACAUCACGCUCCGCCACGCCAUUGUCUAUGGCAUCACAUCUUUCGACAAAUUGAACAAGACGCUGAACGAUGUAUGGGCCCCCGAUGUAACGCGUAACCAACUCCCAGGCGUCAUGGCCGGUCUCGCAGCGGUGCGUCCCCUCGUUAACGUCGGAUCUGGCAUGCGCGAUCUGGUCGUCGUGCCCAUGCGCGAGUACAAAAAGGACGGCCGCAUCGUGCGCAGUCUACAGAAAGGCGUGUACGCAUUUGCCAAAAACACAACCAGCGAGGUUGCCCGUCUAGGCGCUAAAGUCGCCAUCGGCACGCAAACACUCCUCGAAGGCGCAGAAGCCUUCCUCGUCCCGCAACCCGCUUCCUCACCUCGCUCUCGUUCCCGCCAGUCCGCCGACUGGGACGGUUCAGACCCGCCUUCCCCUACCGAAGAACCCCGUGCAGUCUCCCACUAUGCAAACCAGCCCAUCGGUGUGCGCGCCGGUCUCCGCAGCGCUGCACGCCACCUCGAGCGAGACCUACUCACUGCGCGCGACGCUGUCAUUGCUAUUCCCGCCGAGGUCAUGGAGCAAGGGAGCGGCGUGGGCAUGGCGCGUGCGCUGGCGAGACACGCGCCGACCGUUAUCCUCAGGCCUGCGCUGGGAGCGACGAAGGCGGUUAGUAACGCGUUGUUGGGCGUGGGGAAUGCGCUGGAUGAGGGGAGUCGUCGCAAGAUUGAAGAUAAAUACAAGAGCUAUUAG